AUGGAUGCACAAGGGCUGUCUAAGGUUAGACACUUUGUUGAGCAAGGAGACAAACUUGAUAAAUACGGUUGGGUUUGGUAUGAUCCUAGAAUUGGUGGGAAAGAGAUGAUAAUUGACUCCGAAAACAACAUGAAAUUGAACUUCACAUUUGUGAAGUCACAUAGCGGUGAAAAUUGGGCCAUUCAGGUGGAAGGAAACAAAAUAAGGGAAGCUGAUACGGCUGAAUCCAUUGUUUUGUAUAUGAAACAGAAUGGUGGUGAAGGUUCCACAAGCUUCUUAAAAGAGGAUAGAUCUCAUGUGAAAAGGAGUAAUAAGAAUGAAAUCUCCUUCUCAGGACAUUCGGGACAACUUGGGGCCUAUUCAGUGAGAAUUUACAGCGACCAAAAUGAUUUUUACAAAAAUGAUAAAGUCAUGCCUUUGAGUUCUGAUUGUGAUCCUUCUAAACCUUCAGUUCUUUCAUUGAACAUACCAGAUGAUCAAUUAUGGAAAGCAAAAGAUGUUUUCCAAACUAUUUUGGGUGAUUCAAUUAAGGCACACAUGGAAUCACAAGCAGAGUUGAAUCCUUACUCGGUUCCCAGCAUUUUGACCAUACGUAACAUCCACAACUUUCCAGCUGGAAAUGUCCAAUAUGUCCAACAAACUUUCCAGAAUCACUUCAAAUUCAACAUCAUAUUCAACAAAAAGAGCUCAUCUGAUCAAAUAGAGCCUAAUUCUGUGGAUCAUCUGAUAUUGUUAGCUGAAGACUUAGUUAAACAAAAGUUUGACUCGAAAUUUAACAUCCCUGAAAGCUCCAAGUUCAAGACCUUUGCCGAAGAAACGUUCUCAAACUUACUAGGAGGUCUCUCAUAUUUCCAUGGGACUCAACUUGUCGAUAGAAAGACACAAUUUGAUAGUGAGAGCUUCGAGAAAUUUGAAUUGUUGAAUUCGAAUGAAGAAGGUCCAUUGGAACUUUUCUCCAUGGUCCCCAGUAGAGCCUUUUUCCCAAGAGGUUUCUACUGGGAUGAGGGAUUCCAUUUAUUGCAACUAAUGGAUUAUGAUGCCGAUGUGGCAUUUGAAAUUUUACAAAGUUGGUUCAAUCUAAUAGACGAGGAUGGCUGGAUCCCUCGUGAAGUUAUCCUUGGUGAUGAAGCUCGCAGCAAAGUUCCAGAAGAAUUUCAGGUUCAAAAUCCGAAUAUUGCUAACCCUCCUACUUUAUUACUUGCAUUCAGUGAGUUUUUGAAUAAGGCCAAGACUCUCCAAGAGGAAAUUCUCGAUGUGCAUUUGGAACAAGAGUAUUCCACUAACAAUGUUUAUUCUAACGGUGAUAUUCUAAAUAAGAAUCCCGAACUUUUGAUUUCAUAUGCUAAAAACAUCUACCCGAAAUUGCUUAAACAUUACGAGUGGUUCAGGGACACUCAAAAGGGAUUGCUCGAAGAAUAUAUGGAUGUUCCUGAAAUUUCUUCAAAAGCUCACGCUGAUGAAGCCUACAGAUGGGUAGGACGUACGUUCACCCAUUGUUUACCAAGCGGUAUGGAUGACUAUCCGCGUGCGCUCCCACCCGAUGUUGCAGAACUUCAUGUCGACGCUUUGUCAUGGGUUGGUGUCAUGACUAGAUCCAUGAAACAAAUCGCCACAGUGCUUGAUCUUGAAGAAGAUAUUCAGAAGUUUACUACUAUAGAGAAUAAUAUUAUAGAGAACCUAGAUGUUUUGCAUUGGAACGACGAGAAAAAACUAUACUGUGAUAUAACCUACAACGAUGAGGCAGUGGAGGAUACUGAUCUUAGAAAAUUUGUGUGUCAUGAAGGAUAUGUUUCUUUACUACCCUUUGCACUAAAACUCAUUCCUUCCGAAAAUAUUGAACGUCUAGAGCAUAUCAUUGAUACAAUGAGUAACAAUGAAACUCUCCGUACUCCAUUCGGUUUACGUUCUUUGUCAAAGCAAGACGAAUUUUAUGACACUGGUGAAGUCUAUUGGAGGGGUCCUAUUUGGUUAAACAUAAACUACCUCUGCUUGGACGCAUUAAAAUCUUAUUUCCAAGAGUCUCCGCUAAGGAAUUCGAAGCAAGUUAACAAAGAACUUUUCCAGAAAGCUAACGACCUCUACAAACAGUUAAGACGUGACAUCAUCGAAAAUGUAUACUCUGUUUGGAAACAAGACGGUUAUGUGUACGAGCAGUACAACCAUAAGACAGGAAAAGGAUCCGGAGUUCAGCAUUUCACUGGCUGGACAGCAUUAGUAGUGAACAUGAUCGGCAAACUACCCGACGAACUCUAA